GCGUGAAAUUUAUUCAUAAGCUGACAAAAAAGCGAUGUAAAAUGUUUCAAUAUUCCGGCCCCCGCAAAGAAUGUGCGAUUCAAUGAUAAUGACUUUGCUAUGUUUUGAUUAAAAUUACAAACAUGUUAUGACAAAAGUGUUCUUGCAGAGCUGCUGUUAUCAGUCUGAAGACGUAUUUGGCUCAAAAUUGAACUCGGAAGUUGGUCCAAUCUUGGUGAUUUGGACAGUUGGAGACAGCGUAGCUUGGGCUUCGGUCAGCAUUUACAAUCUCAAGGAAAUACAAAAAGUGUUUGAUCUUUCGAGACGUUUUUAGCGAUGGAAAGUGAAACUGAAAGAAAAAUAGCGAGACUGGAGUUGGAGAUUCUUGAACUGAAAAUACAGCGUGGAAAAGGAGCAGAUAAAACUUCAGAAGAGUCGAAACCAAGGGAAGAAAAGUCUUCAUUGAGUGACCUAGAGUUGGAAAAAAGAAAAGUUGAUCUUCAAUCCCAAAUCUUGACAGGGAAAAUUAAUCGAAAGAAACCACUUUUUGGAGCCCCUGUAAGAGAAAAAACGGAGGAAAAAUCGGGGCCUUCGUUGGAGGAAAUCCGACUAAAACGUGAAGAAAAACGUUUGGGGAUUAAAAUAUUAGAAAUUAGAUUGGAAACAACAAAAGCAGGAACGACGAAAUCCGUGAAUCAGGGAGAAAGAUUGGAACAAAUGAAAGGAAGCGAGGAACCCUCAGCGAAGGAAUUGAGAUUGGAAAGAAAAAAAAUGCAGUUAGAGGUUCAGAUAUUGGAUAUACAAUUGGGACAAAGAGAAUCAGAGGGGAAACAACGGAAAUUGGAACUGGAACGAAAGAAAAAAGAGUUGGAGUCUCAAAUAUUGGAAAUGAAAUUGCAACAAAUGGAGACAGAAUUGGCAGUUAUUGAAAAGGAAAUUGAGAAGGAACAAUCGGAAGGAACAUUAGAGCCUUCAGCGAUGGAGUUAGAACUGGGACGAAAGAAAAAACAAUUGGAGUUUCGAGUAUUGGAAAUGAAAUUGGAACGAGAGAAAGCACAAUUAGAGUUUCAAAUAUUGGGAAUAAAAUUGGAACCAACAGAAGCGAAAGCAAUGAAGAGGAAACAGGAACCUUCACCGUUAGAGAUUCAACUUACAGAGAGGAAAGCGCAUUUACGGUUUCAGAUAUUGGGAAUGAAAUUCCGACGGGAAGAGUUAGAACUGCGGUCUCUAACGAUGAAGGAAAUUCUCCUGACAAGAAAAGCGAAACUUUCAGAAACGAGCAUGUUCUAGGCGGACGCGCAGAUGGUAAAAGUCAAUUCUUUUCGGCAGUGGUUCCACCAACGGAAUUGGGUGUAAUGAAAAAUUCCAAAAUUUUGAUAAAAAUCAUCUAAUAGGACAUUUCAGUUAAUUGAGAAGUGUCUGGGAAUUCUCGUUAGAGAGAAACACUUUAAUGUAUAUGUAGGUUUAUAUCGCUGGGUCUAUAGAGUGUUCAGUGAUUUGCACAAUGCAUCGCACCUUCAUAUCAGUAUAAUUUAAUAAAAAUUCUUUUAGCUUGAUUCGUAAAUAACUUCCCCGGAGUAAAAUGAAAGGGGGUGUAUCAUGUAAGAAGCAUUUUGUUACUUCGAUGAAAAUAUCUGUAAUUGUAAUUGAACAUCAUGUAAUCUUUGACAUCAAAUAUAUAACGAUAGAUUAAUUAUUAAUUAGUAUAAUAUAAUAUU